UAGGACAUUUCUGAGAAGAAGAGUUAAGUUGAGUCGAGAAGAAGAAAAGAACAAGAAAGGGAGAGUAUGGACUCGUGCUGAAUGUGGGAGAAAGAAGAGGAAGAGGGGAAGGACAGAAUCGACAGAAGGUAAAAGGGGUAGAUUGGGGUUUUUAAAAAACUUGAGAGGUGCGGGAUGCAAUAAAAGGGUGCAGAUUGCCCUUGGAAAAACAUCCGAAGAUCGCUUAAACGUCUCUCUCUCUUCGUCCCUUGCUCUGUAGCUUGGAAUCUGCAGUUGUAGAUCGGAGACUGGGCAAGAAGGUCGCAUUAGCUUCUUCAUCGCGCAAUGGCCCAUCCCUCUGCUGUCGUCUCCGUCAGAAGGCCAAUCACCCACGUCGUUUUUGACAUGGACGGUCUCUUGCUCGACACUGAGAGGUUCUAUACUCAAGUCCAGGAAAUCAUACUCGCUAGGUACAACAAAACCUUUGAUUGGUCCCUAAAGGCAAAGAUGAUGGGAAAAAAAGCAAUAGAAUCUGCUAGGAUCUUUGUUGAAGAGACUGGAAUUAGUGAUUCUCUUAGUGCCGAGCAAUUCCUGGUAGAAAGAGAGGAUAUGCUGGAGAAGUUGUUUCCUACUAGUGAGCCUAUGCCAGGUGCUAGCCGUUUAGUCAAUCAUCUACAUGCAAAAGGAGUUCCAGUCUGUGUGGCAACUGGUUCUCACAAGCGACAUUUUGAAUUGAAAACUCAAAGACAUCAUGAAAUCUUCUCUUUGAUGCAUCAUGUUGUUCUUGGUGAUGACCCAGAAGUUAAACAAGGCAAACCUUCUCCGGAUGGAUUUCUUGCAGCAGCCAAGAGAUUUGAGGGUGGACCGGUAGAUCCUUCUAACAUUCUUGUUUUUGAAGAUGCACCCGCAGGAGUUCUUGCAGCUAAGAAUGCUGGAAUGUCUGUUGUUAUGGUCCCUGAUCCAAGGCUGGAUAAGUCUUUUCUUGAUACAGCAGAUCAAGUUUUGAACUCACUGUUGGAUUUCAACCCUAGUGAGUGGGGUUUACCUCCUUUUGAUGAUAAUAGAGACUGAAAUCGUACAUUCUUAUUGCAGACAGAAAGAGCUGAUGAGUAGUUAAUCCAUUUCCGUAGAUUAUUUGACUUUUAUAUCAUUGUUCUUGGUGAAUUACUACAAUUGAUAUUGACUUUUUAGAUCUUAGAGAGUCAAUGUAUCGUUUACAUAUUUGGCCUUCAAACUUCGCUGAUACAUACAAUGCUGUUUGGCACCGUUUAAUGGUAAUAAUUCGUUAAAUAGCAGCAAUUCAACAUAAA